AUGGAGCAGGGGAGACUGGGACUGGGGGCGGGGGAGCCCCUCUCCUCAACCAGUGCUUUUCCCCUUCUGCCAGGGACUCAGACUCGCUUCAGCCAGGAGCCAGCUGACCAGACUGUGGUGGCUGGACAGCGGGCCAUACUUCCCUGCGUGCUGCUCAACUACUCGGGGAUUGUGCAAUGGACCAAGGAUGGGCUGGCCCUGGGCAUGGGCCAGGGCCUCAAAGCCUGGCCACGGUACCGGGUCGUGGGCUCCGCGGACGCCGGACAGUACAACCUGGAGAUCACAGACGCCGAGCUCUCGGACGACGCCUCCUAUGAGUGCCAGGCCACGGAGGCUGCCCUGCGGUCCAGGCGGGCCAAGCUCACCGUGCUCAUCCCCCCAGAGGACACGAAGAUCGACGGCGGCCCUGUGCUUCUGCUGCAGGCAGACAUCCCCCACAACCUCACAUGCCGAGCCUUCAAUGCCAAGCCAGCCGCCACCAUCAUCUGGUUCCGGGACGGCACGCAGCAGGAGGGCGCCGUGGCCAGCACGGAACUGCUGAAGGACGGGAAGAGGGAGACCACUAUUAGCCAGCUGCUCAUUAACCCCACGGACCUGGACAUCGGGCGUGUCUUCACCUGCCGCAGCAUGAACGAGGCCAUCCCGAAUGGCAAGGAGACCUCCAUUGAACUCGACGUGCACCACCCUCCAACGGUGACCCUGUCCACUGAGCCGCAGACUGUGCAGGAGGGCGAGCGUGUGGUCUUCACGUGCCAGGCCACGGCCAACCCUGAGAUCCUGGGAUACAGGUGGGCCAAGGGGGGGUUCUUGAUUGAAGACGCCCACGAGAGUCGCUAUGAGACCAAUGUGGACUAUUCCUUCUUCACGGAGCCUGUGUCCUGUGAGGUCCACAACAAAGUGGGGAGCACCAAUGUCAGCACUCUAGUGAAUGUCCACUUUGCCCCCCGGAUUGUGGUUGACCCCAAACCUACGACCACAGACAUAGGCUCUGACGUGACCCUCACCUGUGUCUGGGUGGGGAACCCUCCGCUCACCCUCACUUGGACCAAAAAGGAUUCCAACAUGGUUCUGAGCAACAGUAACCAGCUGCUGUUGAAGUCCGUGACCCAGGCAGAUGCCGGCACGUACACCUGCCGCGCCAUCGUGCCUCGGAUCGGAGUGGCAGAGCGCGAGGUCCCGCUGUACGUGAACGGCCCCCCGAUCAUCUCCAGUGAGGCUGUGCAGUAUGCAGUUCGGGGGGACGGCGGCAAGGUGGAGUGUUUCAUCGGGAGCACGCCGCCCCCAGAUCGGAUUGCCUGGGCAUGGAAGGAGAACUUCCUGGAGGUGGGGACCCUGGAACGUUACACGGUGGAGAGGACCAACUCGGGCAGUGGGGUGCUGUCCACGCUCACCAUCAACAACGUCAUGGAGGCCGACUUCCAGACCCACUACAACUGCACGGCCUGGAACAGCUUCGGGCCGGGCACUGCCAUCAUCCAGCUCGAAGAACGAGAGGUGCUGCCCGUGGGCAUCAUCGCAGGGGCCACUAUCGGCGCGGGCAUCCUCCUCAUCUUCUCCUUCAUCGCCCUGCUGCUCUUCCUCUACCGGCGCCGCAAAGGCAGUCGCAAGGACGUGACCCUCCGGAAACUGGACAUCAAGGUGGAGACAGUGAACCGUGAGCCACUCACGAUGCACUCUGACCGGGAAGACGAUACCGCCAGCGUCUCCACUGCCACCCGGGUCAUGAAGGCCAUCUACUCGUCCUUUAAGGAUGACGUGGAUCUGAAACAGGACCUGCGCUGUGACACCAUUGACACCCGGGAGGAAUAUGAGAUGAAGGACCCCACCAAUGGGUACUACAACGUGCGUGCCCAUGAGGACCGCCCUUCUUCCAGGGCUGUGCUGUACCCAGACUUCCGGGCCGCUGGCCCCACUACCCGCUUUGAUGGCCGCCCCUCCUCGCGGCUGUCGCACUCGAGCGGCUAUGCCCAGCUCAACACCUACAGCCGAGCCCCGGCCUCCGACUACGUCGCUGAGUCCACUCCCUCGGGCCCCGCUGCCCCGGCUGGCACAGACACCACCAGCCAGCUGUCCUACGACAACUAUGAGAAGUUCAACUCCCAUCCCUUCCCUGGGGCAGCCGGCUACCCCACCUACCGACUGGGCUACCCCCAGGCGCCCCCCACCGGCCUGGAGAGGACCCCAUAUGAGGCAUAUGAUCCCAUUGGCAAGUACGCCACAGCCACACGCUUCUCCUACACCUCCCAGCACUCGGACUAUGGCCAGCGCUUCCAGCAGCGCAUGCAGACUCACGUGUAGAGCCUGCGCGGGCCGGGCGUCUCUGCGGGGCAGAGGAGAAGGCUCCCACGGCAGUUCCCUGAUAUUCAGGGGCAUUGCUCACUCGUUGCUCCCGCCUUGGGUCAGCCUUCCGCCUCCCGCUGUGGCAGGUGGGGAGCAGGUCUCCCAGAAACACCCCGUCCCGAGGAUGGUGCUCUGCGCAUGACCCGCCUCCUGGGCCUGCCCACCCCUCUUCUUCGGGCGCACAUAUCUCUCCUGUCCCGCCCGCUUGCCUGGCCCCACCACGGGGACAGGAAAUGUGGAGCUUGAGGAGAGCAGAGGGGGGCCCUUUUUACAACCCCUUUCUGUCCCACCCCCCCUGGUCUUCCAUUAUGGAGUGGGAUUAGGCCCAAGGGACAAGAAGUAUGGGGUAGGUGACUGUGACCCAGAUAGUGGACAACAGGCUAGUCCAGCCAGCCCCUCGCGUGUCUUGUGUUCUUGCUUGGGGUGCAUCUCUCCCACGUCGGGAGAUUGCAGAUGAGACUUGUUUUCGCUCUGUCUACAAAUCAGCCCUGGGACUGAGUUCAAAUGCAGCCUUCAUUCCAGUGGGAUCAAAAUGCCAGCCAUGCUGGCUGCCCAGUGGACAUCGGCCUGCCAUCCUGCAGAGGGAUUCUAGUGUCCCCUAGAGCAGGAACCACACUGCCCUCCUCCUCCGGGCUGAGCCAGGCAGAUCAGCGAGGGGUUGGGGUGGAGAGAGGGAAAGGUCAAGAACCCAAUUCUGAUUCACCAGCAAAACUGCUGUGCGCCACAGAGCAGUUCCCAAAACGAACAGCAGGGGGAGCCCACCCAGGCAGGCCCCCUGCCUGUCCACCUGCCCCACUUCUGGCUUUCACCUGAGCCAGCUGUCGGGGAGCUAUAUGCCAUUUUUCAAAGAUCGCUCCUGCGCGCGCUCUCAAUCACACACACUCACACAACAAACAAUGAAAACCUCAUUAGGAAAGAAAAGCUGUAGGGAUUUUCCCACCCAAAUCCAAGUCCCGGGACAGGAAAGGGGCAGCGCCUGUUCUUCUCCAUUCCUUUCAGUCUCCAAGCACUUUGAAUCCAUUGGUGUUUGUCCAGGCGGUGAGACCUGUCUUGAGGGAGGGAGCCCGGCGAUCUGCCGUCCUGCUCUCCAGAGUCCAGAGAACUCUCUUUCAACAGGUUCUGUUCAUGUGACAUGUCUCCCCCUCCCUCUUCCCUUCUUGGACCAAUCAGAUUUCUUCUUCCACUUUCAGUGCCUUGAGUGUCCAGCUUUGGCUGACUGGCCAGAGCAUUGUUGACCUGCGUAGGGAGCGGGGACUUGCGAGCCCCAGCCGCACUGUCUGGUUUCCUGGUGUUGGGUGAGGGGCCUGGAACUGGGCCCUGCUAGAGAGCUUGUGACUUCGAGACACGGUGGCUCAGAAUGGCACUGCAGGCAUCCCACCACCCAUGCUUUCUCCCCGCUCCAUCCCAUGUGCACUUCUGCCACCCCCAUGCCCCCUCCCAACACAUGCACGUACACAUUCCACGGGGCUGUUGCUCAGCCUCCACCUCUGACCAAAGAGAACAGGUGCCCCAAAGAGAAUCUCCCCCACCCCAGCCUCCUCCCCGCAAGAAUAAGUGUGUGGAGUCGUCAGCUUCUCCCGCUACACUGCUGCAAAGCCUAGGGGGGAGGUGGAGCCUGUUGUGCAACUCCCAGAAUGCACCUUGCCCCCUUCUCGGUGGUCACCAUUCAUUAGUCAUGUUCGCUUUAAUGAGUUACAUGCUCAUCAGCCACGGGCCAUCAACACCCUUACAGAUGGGUCUGUGGGGUGACAUUCCCGGGCAGCCACUCCCUGCCAUGGACUAGAUAAUACCCAGGGAGAGACUGGCUCCAGUUCCCGCCACAAAAGCUGGCUUCUUCGUCCUCCGUUUCUUUGGGGAGGGAUUCCCAGGCUGGGGGCCCUUCCUGGGGACUGAUAACAAGUCCCCAGCCAGUCCCCAUCCCUGCAAGCAGGCACCUUCCCGCAGAGCCCUUGUAUGUGAGCUCUGUGGGAUGUACGUAGGUUGGUGUGCAGACAAAUCCAUGCACAUUUGUUUAUUAUUUUCACAGAAACCAGGAGCUGUGGAUAAUCCCAACAGUUAAAGUUGAAAGAUAGUGGCUUUUUAAGCAGGACGGUUUGAAAAGCCACCAUUUUUGUUUGGAGUCUUCAGGCUAGACUCUUGACUUGCCCCCUUUGGGGGUUAAGUCUUGGGCCCCUUCUGUUAGAAUGACCCAGGAGUGGGGCCAAAGAUCGCCACGAGGGAGUGCAACCAGUUCAGCAGGGAGGCUGGUGGAGAAAGGUAGCUCAGUAAGCUGAGGUCUGAACCACAGCUAGUUCACUGGUCUCUGCCCGGGGAGGCCCUGUGCAGAGGCGUCGUCUGCCCUCCUGCCAUUGGCAUACUGGUCUGGUUGGCAUCUGACCUGGGACCAGCAUGUUCAGCGAAGUGGAACAGUUUUUCUGAGCAACGGGCAAUGUGCCUUCGAUGACGGAGCUUUGUUAAGGCUGGAGAGUCCUCCCGCAUGGACCUCGGUCAGUACUUGUCAACACAGUGACCUUGGUGGUUCAGAGCUCCUUUGACCUUGAGUGGAAAGAGCUAGUAGCACCUAGUUGAGAAGCUGCCAUUAACUGAGUGACCUUGAAUCACUGUAAACGUUCCUUGACCCCCACCUUUCUGGCCUACAAAAUGAGGGCAAAAGGUUGGGGACAAAAAACAAACCGACAAUUCUGCGUUGGCUGUAUUCACCUGGGAGCAGAGUGGCUCUCUCCCCGACUGGGAAUGGGGGACAGUGAAGGAUGAGCUGGGCGGGCCACCUCGCUUACGAAGGAGCACGCGCCACGUGCUUCCCCAUCAUGUCUGAACGAAUGUUCACCUGAAACCUGAUCGGCCACUGACCAAAAACCGUACCCUGAGCCUCAGAGUGAAACCAAUUGGGGGGUUAUCCAUUGGCCUUUGGGGUGUCUGGGCUGCCCUCCAAUCAGAGUUCUGCUGGUUUGGUGUGCAAAGGUGUCCUUGCACAUGGGUUUCUUGGCUACAUGCUGAGAUUUGGGGCAAUUUGCCCCGUGGGUGUACCGUCCAGCCCGCUCCUCCGGGUCAUUGCCCUAGGCUAGGGACAGCUUAGCACACUCACGGCACAAGGCGAGGGCUGGAGUCUAAGGUGUCAGGCAAGGAGUGAGCGAGCACGGCUGCCCCCUCAGCCAAGGAGCAGCUUUGACGGAGAUUCUGGGUCUUGAAGAGGCUCUGGUGGUUCUGGGAGUAUUCCAGUCUCGUUCCCUGGGGAAGUCGCCAACCUCCAUUCGAAAGACUGGACCCUUCAAAGGCCAGUCACAACGUCUGUGUAGGACCGAAACCACAGAACAGAGAGGCCAGGGUAGGGACAGUGUGAGAGGUGCUCCCCAGAGAGCUUCCUGGGAAGGAAACAUUCUUGGGACCAUGCUGUUUCGGGCAGAGGACUCCUUAUUCCAGCCGUUGGGCCUCAGCGCAUCGAUCUGAGAGAAGCUUGGCCUGCACUGCAGGACAGCUCCGUGCACUGGCAGCUCUCCCACUGAGCUGAGGGUCCUCCGCCUGGGGCCACGAGGCCUGCACUCCGAAACUGGGGACCUUAGACAGCAGCUGGGCAGUAUCCUGGAUCCAUGAGCGGAGCAGCUUAGGGCCAUUCGGCUUUGCUGAAAACCCCCUGAAAGCCAAGUGGCUCCGGUGGACUGGGCGGGCUCAUGCUCUGCCUCCCUCUGCAGGGUGGACUUCUGUGCCCACCGCUGAACUCCAGCCCCCACUCGGGGGCUACCUGGCUGCUUCCCUGCCGUUUUUAGUGCUGUGUGACCUGCGCCAGGUCCCCACUUUGUGCCUCUAUCGGCCCUUCUGCCUAUUGAGGGACUCCCCCAAAAGGCAUCCAUGAGGGCCCUGAGCCUGGCAAAACCUGGGAGGAGGUGGCAGUGGGGCAGUGAAGUGUACAGACCAAGGGAUGUCAUUGGAAAGACGUUUAUUUUUGUGAAGAGGCUAUCAAAUUAGCAUUUACAUAUCCCAUUCUCUCCUCCCUCCCCACACAGAGCCCCGCCCCUCUCCUCUCAGGACUCUUUCAGAAUGACUCUGUUCUCACCUUGGUCAGCAUGGUCCUGAUGCCCCCUCCUCUGGUCUGGUGGCAAGGACGGAGAGGGAGGGCUAUGUGGCUUGGGAGAUUUAGGAACUGGGGAGGGGAGGGACAGAAUCCCUUUUCUCUGCAUCACUGUGAGAGAGCUCCAGGCCCUGUCCCUGGAGAAAUCACCGCUGUGCUGAAGUCACAGGCCAUAUCGGGCAGUUGUGGUACAAGCCUGUCCUGGAAAAUAAUAAUAAUAUUGACUCUAUUUGCAUAGAACUAUCAUUCAUUCCUACCAGCCCCCUGUCUCCCGUUCCUGGCUUUUUGCUGGCCCCCCAACCAUUGGCCUUCCCCAGUGUUGGUGAGCCACGGGCUCUUACAUUCACUUCUGGAGGUCCCCAGAGCUGCCGGUAGCUGGGGAGAAAGCAACCAAAUUGUCGACGCAGUCAGCCCGGUGGCUGACUGUCAGCAAUAGCGGCCCAGAAGAAUGGUGCAUCUAAUGUCACUAGAGAAGGCCAGGGCUUCUGGUGGCCCUGGGGUUUUCCCCCAGCUCCUCUUGAGAUCGCGACCUCGGAUUUCCGGCUCCAGCCCUGAUACUAAAUGGAUCCAUGAUGACAACGACGAGAAGAAAAUAUAUAUUAUUUUUAUUAGGACAGACCAUCCUAGAUUUUUAGCAGUGUGUAUCUGUGUCCCUCACACCUUUUCCUAUUCUGCCUUUUUUUUUUCAUUUUCUUUUUUUUUUAAAUAUUAUGUACUAUAUUUUUAGUCUU